AUGAAUCCUCAAUUUCGUGUUGACGUGGAGGAUCCCGACGAGUCAGAUGACGAUCCCACCGGAACCAUCGUGAUUGGUCUGAUGCAGAUGGGGAUGCGCGAGAAACUUCAAGUGCCCUUCACCAUUGGUUACGCCAUUUAUGAGUUUCCGCGCACGGCUCCGCCGAAUUCUCUUCUCAGCCAUGAGUUCUUCAUGCGCACCGCGUCAAAGGCCCGAUCGCCGGUCUUUUCCAACACUCGGGAGGUCUGUGGUCGGCACAAGUUGCCGCCCGGUCGCUACGUCAUCAUCCCCUCCACGUUCGAGCCCAAUUUAGAGGCCAAGUUCCUGCUCCGCAUCUUCUCUGAGAAGGCUUAUAAUGCUAGGUGGGUGUGUGUAUGCGUGUGUGUGUGUGUUGGUGUGUCCGCUAAACGGGACCUGGUGUAUGUGUCAAGUGGCCGGGUCGUGCUGUGGCACGCGUAG